CAGCGCCCGAGCGGACGCCCCCCCCCCCGCAGGGGGCCGCGCGGGGCGCGCGGUGCUGCCGGGCGGAUGGGCGCUGAGGGCGCGGCGGGCGCAGCGUUGCAGGCGCGGCUCCUUGACGGCGAGGAGCAGACCCAGGCGGGUUGGCGGAGGUGCGCCCGGCCCGCGCUGCCGCUGUGCGCCUUCGCGCUGUCCGUCGCGGCGGGGGCGGCGCUGCUGCGCCGCGGGGCACGACGCGCCGUUGCGCCAUCCGCCCUGGCCGAGUGGGCGGCCCCGGAGGGGCCGCUGGGGCUGCGGGGCGCGGCGCGGGGCGCGGGCGCCCACGGGGCGGAGGGCUGCGCCGCGUGCGUCGAGGAGCUCUGGGUGGUGCGGCACGCCAGCACCGUGUGCAUGGACAUGGUGCCCUACGACGCCAGUAAUCUGAUCGACUGCCCCCUGGACGAGGCGGGGAUCCGCGAGAGCAUCCAUCACGGCGCCCAGUCGGCGCUUUUCCACGGUCGCUUGAGCGGGGCCGAUUUGGUGCUGGUUUCUCCGAUGCUGAGGACGCGCGCCACCAUUUUCUACGAGCUGCUCGCUGCAGGCCUCCUCAACGGCACCGCCGCGAGGCCGACGGUCAGGAUGCACACGGGGCUCGUGGAGGUGGGCACCGACCCGGGCAACAUCGGCACGAGGACGACCGACUGGUCAGAGAACUUCACGAGGCUCGGAUGGGACCGCCCCGAGGCCUGGGACGGAGGCGGCGAGAGCAUCGAGAGGUGGAACUCCAAGUACGCCUUGUUGGCCGCCCCCGUCCCGUCCGCGAUCGAGCUGGAGGCAUGGAGGAGCGCGACCAGGGAGGUCGUGGCCUCGAGGGAUAUCUCCCCGCAGUCGCUCGCGAGCCUGCCUUCGCUGCGGUCCAGCAUCUGCGACUGGGCGUGCUCGCGCGGGCCGAGCAGGGUCGUCCUCGUGUCGCACCACAUCUUCAUGAGCGAGCUGCUCUGCCUGGACCCCGAGCAGGCCUCCGACGUGGGCAGGCCCUUCCGCGUGGAGGACGUGCCCGGGUUCCUGAGCCACCUCCAGGGCUCCUUCGGGCAGGAGAUGCGGCCUCCGUCAGGGCUGCAGUGCUCGCGCACGUUUCGGAGGUAG